AUGGAGGAAGGCAUCGUCUCCGGAUUGCCCUCCGAACCACCACCACUCCCCUACUCGUUACAUACUCGCAAAAAGGCGAUCGCUAUCUUUUGGACAAUCUUCGUUAUCGAUACUUUGGGUCAGCCGCUGAUCCUCUACUGGACAUUAUGGUACUGCACCAAUCUUUCACAUAACUUGGUCUUUUCCAUUGUCACCGCGUGUUUGGGUGGUGUCUCCGUUUUCGAAUACUUCUACCGGUUAUACAACCUGUUUCGCAAGAGUUCGCGCGCCCGACCUCUAAAUGCAAAGAGUUCAUGGCUGGACUUUUUCCAUAUCAACUUCACCAUCGUGUGGCUCAUUCUAGCCGUUGAGCUCAUUGUUGGAACCGUACCUACCGAACCCUAUGUGCGCCUCGUCGCCAUGGUUCUCCCGACCGUCAUGUUCUACUUCGGCUUCGUCCACCUUACCCUCGAUGUCCUCCGCAUGAUGGGAUACAAAGCGCCCUUCCGAAUCUCGUCUACCCCGAAAGGGUCCGUGAUGCCGACGGCACUGUAUGCGCUGAUCGAAGAUGUGGUGGCGGUCGAUGGAGGCGGUGGCCAAAUAUAUCGAUAUGCGUUACGAACCCGAUACCUAUCGAGUCCAUACUUCCGACGAAUGCUUUUCGAAAUGAAUUGUUUCUGGAGCGGCGGGUCGAUCAUCUUCGCCGCGGUCAUCACCGCCAUCAUUUUCACUGUCUCGGAACCCGUUGCAUUCACCCUGGGCUGGACCCUACCAUUUGCUUGGGCCGGCGUAUGGACAUUGAUCACUAUCCCAUGGGUUCAAAGUGACCUACGUCGAGAGAAGAAAGCCUGGGCCGAGAAUCGCGGACAGGGCGGAAUUCCAUAUGUCGAUGAUAUUACUGCGCCCACCGCACGCACCCGUUUCGCAUCGGUCCAAGAAUCUUUACCCAAUCUUCUACCCUGGGUCCGAGACAAACAGGCUCCACCGUCAGCGCCAUUCGCCGAGGGUGCUGUGGGCACUGCCCCUAAGGCCGAUAGCCUGCCCGACAGCACUCCAGAUACCACCCCGGCGGCCAAUUCACCUGGCCCUGCGAGCACCACACUCGAUGGUCGAGACGAGAAAAUCCGCCAUUCCACAGAAACACCAGACGGCGCUGCAACGGAACCGGUCAACGCCUCAUCCACGGAUGAAAAGAAAUAA